AUGGUGGUGUUCAGUGAACUCGGUGCUGGUCAAUCCAAUCAAGUCAACAUGUAUUACGGAGAUCGAUGGCGUCUGCAUAGAAAAAUGACUCAUAUGGGAGUCGGUCUGCAACAAGUUAGAAAUUACCGUGAUUUCCAAAAUGACGAAAGCAAAGUAGUUGCACUUGAUCUGAUACACAAUCCCGAGGAAUAUGUCAAGCAUUUCGAACGCUAUGCGACGAGCGUCGUUUCGAUCAUUGGAUUUGGGAGAAGAGUCUCUUCAUUCAUGGACCCGAUAAUCACGGAAGUCAUCGCCGUUAUGCAGCGUGCAGCCGAGUUAAACGUACCAGGGAAAACCUUUCCGAUGCUGAUGGAAUCUUUUCCAUUUCUUGCCAACUUUCCAAACUGGAUGGCACCCUGGAAACAUGGUCUUGGACAAAAAGGACGCGGUAGACCAUUUUUCUACGCUUUGGCCGAAGAAGCCGCGACAAGCGCAAGUUCACAACAGUGCUAUGCGAAGAAAAUCUUCGAUGAAGCACCGAAGCACAAACUCUCGAAAAUGGAAAUUUCUUCACUUUCGGGAAACCUGUUUGGGGCUGGUAGCGAUACCUCCAGCUCGACAUUGGUCACUUUUGUACUCGCAUGCUGUGCCUUUCCAGAGACAAUGAUGAAGGCUUGGGGUGAGCUCGAUAGGGUGGUGGGACCACACCGGAGUCCAACAUUCCAGGAUGAACCGGACUUGCCAUAUGUGAAAGCGUUUGUGAAAGAGGUUUUCCGGUGGAGAUCCGUCGCCAUUAUCGGAGGACAGCCGCAUGCGCCGAUCAAAGACGAUCGUUAUAAGGGUUGGUUCAUUCCACGGAAUACUUGGGUCCAGGGGAACGUGUGGGCCAUUCAUCAUCAUGAACGCGAGUUUCCUGAACCAGAUCGAUUCAAUCCCGAUCGGUAUACAAAAGGGAGUGCGGAAUCUCGCCCUUUUCCUGGUGAGAAGGGAUAUAUGACUUUUGGAUGGGGCCGACGAGUAUGUAGUGGACAAGGCUUGGCGGAGCAGGGAACAUUUAUCACCAUUGCACGUUUGCUUUGGGGAUUCAAGAUAGAGAAAGCCGUGGAUGAGCGGGGGAAGGAAGUCGGUGUGGACAUUUUCGAUUUCACGAAUGGCCUCAACAUGAGGCCUAAUCCAUUCAAAUGCCGAAUCACUCCUCGAAACUUGGAGAUCCGUGCAACUAUUGAACGAGAAGGCCAGCAAGCCUUGCAAGACUUAUCUCAAUAUGACGGUGAGACAAAGUACCGGAUGAGCACAUAUUACGCCACGGAGAAACUAUGA